CGCCUCGCUUAACCAGCCAUCGAGACGAAGAUAUAAGUGGUAUGGGCUGAAAUAAAAUGUUAACAGGGUUUUAAAUGGUGCAAUUUUAAAGAGGUAUGCAGUGUUUUAUGUGUUUGUCUUGGGCUGGCUCUACACCACACAAAUUGUGAUGCUAUUAAUUUGUCAAACCCCGGGUUUUCAAGUGUUUUUCCAUAUUAUCUAGUUGUUGGUUCUUUUUUGUCUUACAUCAUGUUCUGAAGCACGUGGUCAAAGAAAAAUCUAUACCUCCAAUACCUACACACCCAAAUCUAAAAAUCUAAAAGUACCGUUACCAUGCAUUCAAACUCGCGAGAAAAGGGAGUAUUUGAAGGACUGCAAAUCAGAACAACCAAACAUUGGGACAUGCUAGAAUACAGAAAUCUAACAAUUUCUAUAAUGCAGAGGUAGUAAGAGUUUUUAAAAAGCUGCACAGAUUAUUUUUUUUUCUUUUUCUUCUUUAAUUUUAGACUUUUCCUUAUUGUACUGACUUACCCCUAGAAAGCUAAGUUUUAAAUACAGAAAAAAUCGUGUUACUUUUACGUAACGUUAGUAGCUUAAAAAAAAAUAGAAAAAUAUAAAGAUAGAAUAAAGAAAUGACAUGAGAAAAGAAAUAAGAAAAAAAAAGAACGUUAAUUGGUGCACUAUGGGUCCUCGAAACUAGGUUGGUUAAUAUUAAAGACGUGUUUCGAGUGUGAUUAAAAAGUAAUACAUGUUAAAUAUACAUAAAAGAAUAUAAUUGAGGAAUAAAAAACAGGGAAACUGCACAAGUGUAAACAAGAAAACAAAUCAUCUACUUUCUCACGAAAACAAAGAGAUGGAAAAAAAAAAGAAGAAGAAAAAUUAGAUUUUUAAUUCAUAAAAACCAUCUGUGCCGCUUAAUGUCAAAGAACGAAAAGUGAGAUUAUGUUAUUGUACAUCACAUAAAAAUCAGUCAAACUGCGGAUAAUUUUUGGCGCCAAAGUAGAGCUAUGACUAAUUCGUGAUGAAUCAGUACAUAAAAUGCGUCUCUUCUAUAAGACAUACGUCAAAACCAUCAAAGUGUACUGUCAACGAGAAUAAAAAAUCAUUCAUUAAAUUUGCAUUUUUUGAACAUCAGGCUUUCAUGUAAUUCAGUAGUGAUAAAUUAUUCAAAACCUACCGUUUUCCAUCUUUGAGUUUUUUGUGUAUAAGGCAUAACGAAGGUGCAAAUAAUUGAACAGAACGUAGAUGGAGGGUGAAGAUUUUUGUCCGUAUAGAUUGAGCUGAAGGAGGAAACUGGAAUGCUCAGUUGCAAAAGAACAAACUGUUAUCUGCCAGCGAAAGAUAAAAAAACUCUUUGUUUUUCACAAAAUGUCGUGGGUGGACACAGAAAAAAGAAAGUCAACGAAACAGCAAUGCAACUACAAAACGUUAAAGAUAAUCAGAUUACAGCGAGGCGACGAUAACACGUUUGGAUUUACAACAAGUUGGGACAAACGUGAAGGUGUUUAUGUUGAUGCUAUCACUCUUGGUGGAACAGCACACACAAAUGGACGGCUGAAAAUAGGUGAUCAGCUCUUAUGGAUUGAUGAAGAAAACAUUGAAAAUGCAACACAUUGUGAGGUAACCGAAAAACUAGAGAAGGCGUCAGAUGUUGUACGAUUAGUCGUUUCUCAGACGCUUAACUAUAAGAGAUUCAGUAGAGUUCCCACUGAAUUCAAUGAAGUUCAACUCAUUCCAAACUUGACCGCUUCUGAAGAACCGUACGCAUUCGAGGUACAUUAUUUGAUCAAUGCGUAAAAAUCACAAAAAAGAAAGACGAUUGUUUGGAAGCAAAAACAGUGUAUUUUAUCAAUACUGUAUAUAUGUGUUAUAUUUGUAUCAAAAGAAAAAAAUUAAUGCUUUUGAUGCCAAAUGAAUUUUAACGAAAUGUAGAUAGGAUAUAUAAAAAUAAAUUGUACAGACCUUUGUUUUAAAUGUUAAUGUUUUCUGUAUAAAA